AUGGCUGAAGAUGAUCAGAGAAAACCACCAAAAGAUCUUUGGCAUGGAAUUAAAAGCCUUCCUGGUUUUGAUGGUGUCCAUCUUGCUCACUACUAUGCCCAUUUUUGUGAGAAAUCUAGCAUUUCUUGGGCAUUCUAUGGACUAGAUGUUUCUGAUAAGUUGGUGUUGGUUGCACGUUGCAUGCUUGACAUCGAGGAGAAACUUAUUGUCCUGCUACGAGAUGCAAGAAAGUUGCUUAGCACCCUCUGCUCAUUUGAUCAGUUUGCAAAUGCUGUUGUUCAAGGUGCUUGUGAACGAGUAUUUGUUGGGGAACUAUACUGUGAUGUUCCCCUUGGUCUGUAUGUCAUCCGUGGAGAGAAUCUUGUUUUAAUUGGUGAAUUGCAUGGCCGUGAAAAGGAUGAACUCCCUGCUCAAAUGACAUGUGUUUCAGUAAUAAGGGCAAGUGUUUGUACUGCCGAGAAAGCAGAAAAGGAAGCAAGAGAUCUUAAGGGCUCAAUAAGGAAAAUGAUGGAGUUCCUAGACUUUGAUUAG